CCACCAACCCCACCCACAAAAAAAAGAUUAAGUCAAAUAGCUCAUCUGUGACACUCCGCAGACAAAAGGAAAUCCCUCGACACAAGUGAAGCUCAUCAUUGGCAUAGAAUGGACAAAAUGCCUGGAUAAGCGAGACUUGUGCAUGGCAUGGAAAGGGUUGACAUGAUGAACCGAACCCUUUCACUGCCACUCUUGAGAUAACUCAGGCACCCACUCUCACACAUCCCCUGCCACUCCCUGUUAAUAUACUUGUUCUGUUUUUGGUGCACUCCAUGCAUCUCCAAAAGCAAAUCGAACAACAACAACAAAAAAAAAGACAUUGUGUACCUGUUUUGCCAUCUAUGGAGAAGUAAUCUAAACAGAUAAAGAGCUUUCAAGUUAUAUUUCUAUAAAUGUCUCAAUGCCCUAUCAGUGUGUCUAGACAGGGCAGCCAUGGCAAACCCGUGCAGCAGGUCCAUCCAUAUUUUGACACACAGAUUUAUGAACUAUUCAUGAAUUCUUAAUUGGAAGAAACUGAUGAGGGAGAACCAGUUUUUAUGUUGCAAGAAAUGUCUGCCAAACAAACAAGGGGAAAAACGUGGCAGGGGCUGAAGAUCAGUCGGAAAAAAACCUGGCAGUCAAAGAGUUAAAGAAAAACUACAGCAACUUAGAUAAUGACGUGACAUCAUUCACUUUAAGGUUACAUUAGAAUGGUGCAACUGUCCCAUUUUACUUUCAUGUUCUAAGUGUCUUUUGUCAUCGUAGCUGUACUUCAGAUAUAGAAGUUCAUCAUGUGCAGGCCAAGGCUCACAGCAUAGGCUGUGGCAGUUUCUCUCGGAAGCUGGUACGCGCAGCUUUGUGAAACCACAUACACCACUGGAGUGAACUUGCGUAUGUUAGUGUCACUCAUGCUGCCCCUCCACUUUUUUUUUUUAAACAAAACUUGGGGCCUAAAAUUAGCUUCUACAUGCCCGGUGUACAGUGGCAGCCAUCUUUAGCAGCACAUUAUUUCUCCAAGCCAUUUGUUGUAGCAUAUAUCAGAGACUAAUGCAAUCAUGCUAACUUUUUUGUGUUACUCUUCCUGGGGUUUUGGAAUUGGGAAAAAUAUUAACUGUGUGCUUGGUGGCACUGUUUAGAACACAAUAAUGAAUUUUUUUUUAUUUUUUUCUUGCAGGUGCUUUCAAGGUUUCACCUCCUUCCCUCCUGGUUUGGUGUGGUUAUCUUUCUUCAGCUACAGCACCAAGAACGAUUGUGCAUCGACCAGAACCUUGUAGUCUGGCACUUCCGGCUUCAUAAUCUGUUCCUGUGACAAUGUUACCAACUUUGUCCCACAUGGAUGGUCUGCCAUCUCUGCAUUUCUGGAAAAGUUAUGGCACACCGCCGACAUCUGGAACAUUUGUGGAAUAUUAGGAACGCCACCCCUGAAACAGUGGAUACGUCUCUGGAUCUCGGCAGCACUUUUCUGAGCUCAGUGACGAACUACGUGACAUUUCGUCGCAUAGGUGGCGGCUCCAAGUCCUUGGACUCGGGCGGCAUCUUUGGCUUGCCGGACGGCCCAGAGCUGGUCUGCCAACUCUGAACUUUUUGAGAGCCGCCUGAUGAUGAGCCAUUGCUGAUGACAAUAGGUCGGUGGAUCGAUGGUCGAGACGAAGGCGUAUAUUGCCAUGCCGGAAAGCGGAGGGAAAGGAGUGAUCCACGACGUCCCACUUGAUGCAACUCACGAUGAAAUCCUUGAUGCACUUAAAAGAAAUAAGAAAAAGCCAUCGAUCAUUGGAGUCAGAAGACUUGGGGCGAAAUCCAAAUCUGUAUUGAUCCUGUUUGAAGACUGGAAAGUGCCGAUGGAAGUUUACCUCCGAUGCUUCCCCACACGCUGCUACCUAUACAAGAAAAAAUAUGAAGUAUGCGUCACCUGCGGAAAACUUGGACAUCGGGCAGAUGUUUGCCCGAACCCCGACGACGUCACAUGUCGGGGGUGCAGAGCAGCAAACCUCGAACCAAAUCACAGCUGCGAGCCUCGAUGCUUGCUAUGCAAGAAAGCCCACCUCCUAGGCGACAACAAGUGCCGGGAGAUAUAUCGCAUGCCGUCCAUCAUCAAGAAAAAAUUAUGGGAGAAGAAGAUGGAACAAGAGAAGCUCCAGGUGCAAGCCCCAACUCAAGGCAAGCCCCAGGCCACCACCUCGGCACCUAGAGAGGAGCACCGAGGCAAAGCAAGGGAUGCUACCAGAGACAAGGCGAGAGCGAGAUCUAGCUCGAGAGCCGGAAGGAGGUCCAGUUCGUGGUCCGGAGGAGGCCGCCAGCAGACUCCAGCCAAGUGGCCUGCUGACCAGGGCCGGGGACCAGGCUUGCCGCCCAGGGACCCCAAGGACCCGUGGGGAAAAAAGAAGAAAGAAGAAAAUACCCGCUUGAAGCAAAGCUUUGCCUGGGAGCUGAGUGAGUGCGGAAACAACCAAGGAAACAUCAACCACCGGAUGCUAAUUGUCCAUUCAUCGAGGGACUCUUUCAAGGGUGACCGCACCAAUUCUUUCCCAGAUCGUUCCAAGUCUCUCUAGAUGGCAUUGUGGGAAGUGAGAGCAAAGGCCCAUGGUUCGACAACGCCGUUGGGUUACACUGGCGAACAACGGCCAGCAAAGGAUAUACAUUGUUAAAUUAGUUAUGUCAGUCAAUGUUGUCUGUAAAAUUGCGUAAAUAUGUAAAUACAUAUAGCACUGCAUAAACUCAUCCCCAUUUCUUUUUCUUC